AUGUCUCACACAAAUGGACGCCCUGAGCCCGAAGUCAUCAUGAACGUCUGUCCUGAUUUACCUUCCAACGAGACAUCUCUCACCCAACCAACAGGCAAAAUGGAUGAGGCGUUUCGACCGGGGGGCAUUCUGGAGAAAGGCCCUGUCAAACCAGUCAAAGACUCAUCUGCACCCGCGAUAAAAAAAGACGACAUCGAUAUCAUUGUCAAUGAAUUCGAAAUGACACGAGCACAGGCGGAGAAGGUCUUGGUUCAACAUCAAGGGGACGUCGGUGCUGCUUUGAAGGCACUGAUUACACCCUGA